CCCACCCGCAGUGCAGCCCUGCCCCUACAGUACCGCAGUGCCUCCGCCUCACCGGGGGUGCUUGUUCCGCCAUGGCGGCGGGGGCGCUCUUAGGUCCCCUGGGCUUUUGGGGAGGUGGCGGAUGAAGCUGAUCUUCUCCUUCCGGGUCGUGAGGUGAUGGUCGGCGGGUUGGGGCGGAGACAAGAUGGCGGCGCGGUGGCUGUGGCGGAGCCUGUGUCAGGGAUCAGCUUUUCCUGUCAAUUAUGCAAGCAGAAUUACGCAAAAGCAGUGUUUACCUCCAAACUCCAACUUGAUGGGAGCGCGGUUGGCUGGAUCCCAUGUUGAUACACAGGAAGCUAAGACUAAUCCUUUGGUAUCUAUUUCAGAUGAGCCAGAAACACUGUAUAAGAGAUUGUCCCUUUUAGUUAAAGGCCACGAUAAAGCUGUGUUGGACAGCUAUGAAUAUUUUGCAGUGCUUGCAGCUAAAGAACUUGGCAUCUCUGUUGAAAAUGUACAUAAACCUCCAAAGAAGAUAGAACGAUUGACACUUUUAAAAUCUGUACACAUUUACAAGAAGCACAGAGUUCAGUAUGAAAUGAGAACACAUUACAUGUGUUUGGAGUUAAAAUAUCUAACAAGCAGUACUGCUGCAGUUUACUUGGAGUAUGUUCAACGAAACUUACCUGAAGGGGUUGCCAUGGAAGUAAGAAAGACUAAGAUAGAGAAAAUACCUGAACACAUUCAGGAACCGGUCUGGGAUACACUACCUCAAGUAGAAGAAACUGAAGUCAGGUCAUGAACUCACCAGGUACUUGGCUCCAUUAGUGCUGAAAUUAGUUGCUUCUAUCAACCUAAUUUACUGAGACAGUCUGCUGUUAAAUAAAAGUUCUCUUAUAAAGUAAUUACAUAAACUCUUGUUUCAUCGGGUUAUUCGUGAUCAUAACUCCAGUACAUGUAGACUGAACAGCUAUAAAGUGAAGAAGUUUGUACUCUGUGACCAAGAAUUAUGGUUAUAUAUAAAAAUUCUGAAUCUCCUUUUGAUACUAAAUAGCUUCCGAAUUGUGCCAUACUUGCAAAAUCCACUUUGCGUUUGCCAGAUUGUUACACAUUUUUUCCUCUAGCUUCUUUGAAGUAACUGAAUCCCACAUGUACAUACAGCUUGCACAUUAACUUGUAGUAAGUCAAAACCCGCAAUCUUAGAGGUUGUUGAGGCAUAGUGAGACUUCUAGGCUCCUACAGUUCCAAUAGGUUCAUGUCCAGUCUUAGCAACUGCUUGCUAACAGAAGAUGACAGUGGUCCCAGUACAAAUCUGGGACUUCCACAGGUUUAUGUCUCUAACUUAAAUGAAGUGCUUGUAGAACCAUGUUGCAAAGCGAAUGGAUACUAGAAAGUGUCAUUGUGGAUAGCGCAAACUGCAUGAAUUGUUUUAGUUCACUACAGGGAAAGGCAUGGCCUUUUUCUAAAGUGAUUGGGUUGGUUAUUGUGUAAACCCAGUCUAGCUGGACACUACUUAUGCUUAGAGGGGGAAAACCAGUACAAAUAGCAAAAGAGUGCUCAACUGCUUUGAAGGUUAGUUCAUCGUGAAUCAAAGGAGAUAAUACUAGGGGCAAAGCCAUCAUCGACUUUACCUUCAGAUUACAUUAAGCACUUCUACCUUUACUAGGUUAGCAGGAAGGACACAGCUGCAGGAAUCUGCUUCAGUAUUAAGGGAGUGGCUUUGAUUUAAUUGCUAUUAAAAGAAUUUACAGAAGCAAUAACCAGCUGGGUCACAGGACAAAACAACCAGAGAGGCUGCAUCAUACUUGUAUAAAGCUUUGAGUGCUCUUGACAGUCACAAAAGAAAA